AUGCUGUGGAAGAAAACCGUUUUCGUUUGUGCGCUGCUGGCCGCCGCACAGGCCGAGCCACAACCGCAAAUUUUAAGCGGCAUAGCGAACUUAGCCUCAUCGGUCAUCAAUGGAGCGGGCACACUAUUAAAUGGUGUUGCUACAGGAUUACAGGCAGGCACUUCUGGAUCGCUUUCAGCAAGCGGAUCGCUCACGGGUGGCGCUAGCAUUGGCAACAUCGGUGCCGGUGGUACGUUGGCUUUCAACUCGAAUCUGCCGAUCCUAAACCUGGUGAACAAUGUGGUUAGUUCGACGUUGGGUGCGCUCAACACGGCCCUAACUAAUAUCGGCAACUCGGCCGGUACCCUGUUGGGCAACACGGUCGCCACCAUUACGAACGCGUUGAAUACCCUACUGGGUGGAGUGAACACGAAUCUGUCCACGCUCGGAAACGUGCUGAGCAGUGCACCGACUGUCGCCAAUGGCAACACCGCCAUCAACGCCCUGAACAACGUAGCCACUGCCGUUAACACGGCCGUCAAUUCCGCAGCAAACGUACUGGGAAGCGGUACGGUCGCGACCGCGCUGGGUUCACUACCGACCACCCUGAACGCCGACUUGGCCACCGCCAUCCAAGCCAUCCAGAACGCAACCGCCAACCCUGGCACGGCGACGUCGCUGCUUGGAGCACUCGGACCGGCCGGUGUCGGUGCGAUCGGCAACUUCCUGGCCGAUGCUGCCGGAGUUCUCUACACCACCGCCAACAUUCCUCUGCAGCUUUCCGCGGUUGCCGGAGUCAACGCGACGCUCGCUGCUAACGCCGCCGUACCGUACUCUGCGGCCGGAAUCGCCGCCGUCAGCGCGUCCGUGAAUGCCGCCGUGAACAACGCCAACAACGUGCUGAACUCGGCCAUUGGCUCCUUCAACAAUGUGAUCGCGAACGUCCAGCCGACCCUCAGCAACGCUCUUACUCAGGCCAACAAUAGGAUCAACGGCGCUCUGCAACAGCUCAACACCGUGUUCAACCUGGUGGGCACCUCCACGCGCAACAGUGUAGCGGCUGCAGCGGGCAAUGUCUACAACAACCUAACCAGUCUAGUCUCAUCGGUUCAAACAAGCCUGGCGCAACUGAACACCGUCACGCUGAACGCGGUCGCCACCGCCAAUGCGUCCAUCGCAGGUAACGCAUCCGCCGUCAUCCAGCCGAUCAUCGCCAACCUGGCCAGCACGAACGCAACGGUGGUGGCCUGCUCGCAAGCCUAUCUGCCGGUAGCUGUCCGCACCGAUGUGUACUACACCACCGCACUCGGUGGUUGUGCCGUCCAGGCCACGACCGUCGUCGACACGCUACUCGCAAAUACGAUCGCUGUCAUCAACUCGGCCGUCACCCGCGUCGGUCAGUCGACCGCCUCCGUCAACGGAUGCAUCGGGGUGUUCGUGGCGUCCACCUGUGCCACCGUCACCGUACCCAACGCUCUGGCCUACAUUGGCAACGUGGCAACCGAUGUCGCCACUAUCAAGACAGGCGAGGUAAUCGAUAUCGCCAACACCGGUGUCGCCGUCACCACCUGCACGACCAACACGGCCAACGCCGCAGCCAACGAUUUUGCGGCCAUCGCUGCCGCCUACAACAAGUGCAUCGCGUAA